AUGCCGUGCAACCGGUCCGGUUACCCGGGCCACCUGCCUGGUUUCCAGAUCUUCGGCGGCUUCGGAGUCAGCUUUAUCAAAGACUACAAGGCCCUGCACGAUGCCGGGUACAACGUCCUAUGCUAUGAUCUACGGAAUCACGGACGCAGCGGCGCCGGCUCCGGUGGUAUAGUUGGAAUCGGCCUGUUCGAAGCACGAGACGUUGCGGGCUCGAUCAAGUACGCCCGCUCCCGUCCAGACACCGCCCAUAUGGAGAUCGGUCUCUUGAGUCGCUGCUUAGGCGCUAACUCGACGAUCGUUGCCUGCGAGAAAUUCCCCCAUCGGGUCUUUGUGGAGGUCGGUGCGAAGAACGCGGGUCUGGAUCCUAAGGAGGCCGCUCAGGCUUUCGACACCAAGAUCUUCCAUAUCACGGGUCUUCAUAUCGAUGAGCUGUCCCCGAUUCCGUACACUAAGGCCGUCAACGUGCCCACGCUGGUUGCCCAGGUUCAUAAGGAUUCGUCGGUCGUUCCGGAUGACGUGCAAACCAUCUACGACGGCAUCGGUACUCGCGAGAAGGAGCUCUUCUGGAUCGAGGGAACCACUAGACGUUUUGACGGUUACAAUGACUUUGGCGAACAUCCUGAGAAGAUGCUCGAAUGGUUCAACAAGUACAUGUCUUGA